UGUCAUCCGUCAGUCCUUAACAGACAAAACCUUCUGCACUUGUUCCAAACCAAUUCCAUUGUAUUUUACUAAAAAUAUCACAUAUUUUGAGAUGGUUGAAAAUUGAAAUCUCAUGAAAUCGACAAAAGAUUUUAUGUUAACAUCAUGACUUUGGCAACGUGCGGACGUGAAAUCUCUAUAAUCCCUUCCCACUUCACACUUCUCUCUCACUCUCUCAUCAAUGGACGAUCGGUUGAAGGAGAAGGAAACGAUGGUGGAAGAGCCUCUCUUGGAGAGUGCUCAAGAAAAGGGCGGUUUUAGGACUCUCCCCUUCAUAAUGGGAAAUGAGGCACUGGAGAGGAUGGCAACUUUCGGGCUGUCGCCAAACAUGACUCUGUAUUUGAUCAAUGAGUAUCAUAUGCAGAUGACAACUGCGGCGAAUGUGUUGUUCAUGUGGUCGGCCGCCACGAAUUUCAUGCCGAUUGUUGGAGCUGUUAUUGCUGAUUCAUACUUGGGCAGGUUUCAUACAAUUGGAUUUGGAUCCAUUGUCUGUCUCAUGGGGGUAAUUCUUCUAUGGUCCACAGCGGUAAUCCCACAGGCGAGGCCUCCACCAUGUGAUCAGUCGAGCAUCGUUUGCAGCCCUCCGAUGAUCUUCCAGUUUCUGUACCUAUGCCUCUCGUUUGGACUGAUUUCUAUCGGGGCAGGAGGAAUCAGGUCGUCUUCCUUGGCUUUUGGCGCUGAUCAGUUGGAAAAGAAAGGUUUCCAUAAAAGCCCCGGUGCCAAACAGAGCUACUUCAGCUGGUACUACGCUUCUUUGACGCUAUCUAUCCUCGUCGCCCUAACUUGUGUCGUCUAUAUUCAAGAAAACUUAGGAUGGGGAGUCGGUUUUGCAAUUCCCGGUGUGCUCAUGCUGGUUGCUGUCAUCUUGUUCUUUCUGGCCUCCCCCUUUUACGUCAGAUUCAAGAGCAGCUCGAAUUUGAUCACGGGCUUCGCUCAAGUGGCCGUUGCUUCUUUCAGAAACCGGCAUCUCAAGUUGUCGGACAGCACGAGCGAUCUAUAUCUCUGCAGGGACGGCUUUGGGCUUAUGAUCCCGAGUGAAAAGCUAAGGUUUCUCAAUAAGGCUUGCGUUGUAAGAGAUGUCGGGAAAGAGCUGACCCCCGACGGGAGAGCUGCGAAUCCAUGGCGGCUUUGCACAGUUGAGCGAGUAGAGGAGCUCAAGGCGCUACUGAGAGUCAUCCCGAUAUGGUCUUCGGGGAUGAUCAUGUCGAUAAACAUGAUCCAAAGCACUCCGGUGCUCCAAGCGGUUUCGAUGGACCGGGAGAUAACUUCGGGUUUCGAGAUCCCGGCGGCCUCGUUUGGCAUGUUCGCGGUCGUAGCCGUGAUAGUAUGGGUGGUCCUCUACGACCGCGCGUUUCUUCCCCUAGCCUCCCGGCUCAUGGGGCGGCCGGUCCGUGUGAGUGCUAGACGAAGGAUGGCGAUAGGGAUCUUCCUUUCGUUCCUAGCAAUGAUCGUCUCGGCCGCAGUAGAGGCCAUCCGUAGAUCCGUCGCCAUCGAGACGGGCAAAUCGAACCACCCACAGGCCGUCAUGGCCAUGUCAGCGUUGUGGCUCGUCCCGCAGAACGUCCUCCUGGGGUUCGCUGAGGCGUCCAAUGCUAUUGCGCAGAACGAGUUCUACUUCUCCGAGCUCCCGAGGAGCAUGUCGAGCAUAGCCUCCACGCUCUUCGGGAUCGGGUUGUGCCUGGCGAAUAUCCUCGCGAGCUCGAUAAUGAACACGGUCGACUACUUGUCGAGGCAAGGCGGGGGCGAGAGCUGGAUCUCGAGCAACAUCAACAAGGGCCACUAUGAUUACUACUACCUUGUUCUUGCUGGUUUGAGCAUGGCUAACAUGUUGUAUUUUCUCGGUUGUAGCGCCGCGUUCGGGCCGUCGACGGAGGAAGGGAAGCUGCCGGAGGAGGAAGAGGAUGGGUUGUGAGUGACUUCUUUACAUCCUAACUUUAUAGCAUCUGUAUAUAUCCCAUAGAAAUAUAGUUAUGUUAUAGGGGUGUUUAGCAAAGAGAUUAUAUGAGUAUAUUUUAUAUAAAAUAUAUAAAUGUCUUACCAUAUAUGUAUUGAUCAAAUUCUAAGGUUAAUUCAAUCUUAGAGCUUGGUUUCUAGAGGCCCCAUCUGUGUUUUUUUUUUUUUUGUACCAAAAUAUGGUGCCUUAUUUAUCUUGUAUUUCAUGAUCAUGUAACAAGAAUAUUGUCGUUACUUUGUGUAUAUAAUAUGAUGAAGAAUAAAUUUUUUAUGUGUCGA